GGUAGUCGUUGCCGACGAUGCAGCCAGUAAAAUGAGAAAUGCAGUUGGCGGCUAGACUGCAACCUGUUCGGAACGUCGACUCUGAAACAACUGAGGACCGUCAGCGGGUUCGGUUAGUUGAAACGCGGGAAAUAUUCGUAUCGUCCGUAAAACGACGAUCGUUUCGCGAAUUCGAGAGAAUAGAUCGCUCCGCUCCGAUGAAAUAACCGAGGCGCCGCUUGGCUGAAAAUUUUUUAAUUUCCACUGUUCGGUGGAAGAAAUUCGCUGGUUAGAAAAAAAACCGAAGAUACGAUAGCACCGCCCGUCCGCUCGCAGCAGACGACAUCGUGAGACGGUCAAACGACGGGGGAAACGCAAAACCAACCCCGAGAUAUUUGUUGACAACACUCCGCCACAAAGUCGUCGUCGUCGUCGUCGUCGUCGUCGUCGUCGUCAAUAUCCGUCGGCUUUGUUGUCGAUAAGGAGGUACCGGUACCCCUUUGACCCACUACUACACGGGUGAUGCCGUACCCUACGGUGACUCAAGCAAAAGCAAAGAUGGAUCCAAUCCCUCCGAUGCUUAUAAUUACUACUUAAUUCAUGAGCAAAGGUGGCGCUCAGACGCGGUGCUACCAGUUUCCCUGCUGCCAGCUACUGAGGGUAUGACGGCGCGAUCCCACCAGAGGAUUCGACAGUCCUCUUUGGGACUGGACGAUGCUGGAAUGGAUCUACAGACGGCACAGCUGGGUGCAAGGGCUGGACAGGAGGUUGCCUCUACUGCAACCUUAUCCUGGCUCGACUGGCAGCUACCCUUUUUCGUAGUACUUUGCGCCCUAGUUGGUGUCAUUCUCUUCACUUUCGUGAUCCUGUUAUGGCUUCGAAAGCAAAUGUCGUGUGAAAAAGACACGGAAGAUGGAGACAGGCGAGGUUUGGUAGAAGAAGGUGCUGCGGGCCCACCAGAAAAACUAGCUAAAGAAAUAAGAGAUCCCGUCGAAGCUCAGUGGGUUUGUCAACCUGUUAUGAAACCACCCGUAGCUGUUCAACCGACUAGACCUGUUAAGUUAUCACCUGCACUUCCAGAGGUUAUGACAUUAUCUGGACCGGAGCGAAGACCGGAACCGAUCCGUAUAAAAGCCAAGGGUCUUCUGGAACGACGAGGUUCUAGCGCAAGUUUAACAAUCGAGUUAGCCCCUGCACCAGAAAGUCCUCCUUCUAUGGUUACGCCGACCCGAGAAUGUACAGCGGAAGAAUUCCUGUUAAGUGCUGGAAACGUCUUAUCGAGAGCACAACUUUGCAAAGUUAUCAAGGAUCCGAGUGCGUUGCACAAAGAAUUCUGGGAUGUUCCGAUAAAUCUGCCCCACAAAGUUGAUGUUUGUGGGUCUGGAGUUAAAAAUCGUUACGGUUCUGUUCUUCCCAAUCCGCAGUCCAGGGUUGUUUUGCCUGGGUCUGACGACCCCCUUGCCAGUUACAUCAAUGCAAACUACAUUAGGGGUUUCGACGGCGAAGAGACUCGUUACAUCGCAACUCAGGGUCCUUUGGCCCACACGAUAGUUGAUUUUUGGCGAAUGGUUUGGGCGGAGAGGGUUUCCACAAUCGUUAUGAUGACCAGGCUACACGAAGCCACAAAAACCAAGUGCGAGCUUUACUUUCCGUUAGAGAAAGGUGGCCGAUUGCAUUCCGGAUCUCACACAAUUGUCGUAAACUCAGUUGAAUCCAAAGACGGGUACACGAUCAGAGAAUUGGAACUAGGAUUCGAAGGUGAAAGAAGGCACGUACAGCACUAUUGGUACGACACAUGGCCGGAUCACGCAGUACCUCAGGCAGCGGGCGCACUAGUCGGGUUGGCCGCGGAAGUCAACUCUUCACCAGGACCAGUGGUUGUUCAUUGCAGUGCAGGAAUUGGGCGAACGGGAUGUUUCAUUGCUAUAGCCACAGGAAUGGUCCAACUUUUAAGGGAUGGAAACGUUGACGUUUUGGGCAUUCUAUGCCAAAUGAGGUACGACCGGGGUGGGAUGGUCCAGACUGCCGAGCAGUACGAGUUUGUACAUAGGGCGCUUUGCCUGUUUGAACAAACGCUCGGCAACUUGACGCCAACGUCAGGUGACUGAAAUGAUGGCUGUGAGGGUUGCUUGAAAAAAAAAGCACGCUCGUC